AUGUCGCUGACUUAGGAUCGUAAGUGAACUGUCCCAUAACUGUGUCGUGUCCAAUAACUAUAGGGUUUACCCUAUAAUAAUAUUAUAUAAUGUAUUUCUUUAUAAUAAUAUUUUAUUAUUUAACUAAUCUUGAUCCUUUGUUCAAAAUCUUUUAUUUGGACGCUCUACUUCUUCUUCAACUUUUGUACAACUCAUUUUCCAAAUAAGUCAUCGAUUUUCUCAGUAUGCUCUUCAUCAUCGUCAAUC